GGCUCGGCCCAUCCAAAGCGAGAUGGUUAUCCAAUUAAAUAUAUUUGACUAAAAUAGGGAGAUGAAACAAAUGUCUCUAGGACUAUAAUCUCGCGCGCGGGCACAUAUAUGUCGAUAGUUAGAGUGAGAGACGCAAGGGCCAAAUGGAGAAGGCAAAUAAGCAACACAAAGUGCUUAGACACUUGAAAUUUACUCGGCUCUGCGCUUGGCUGCUCUCUUUCUUCGCUAUUUUUCCCUUACGCCAAUCUUUCAACUAUGGUGAAGCUCUCUCAAAAAGUCUCCUCUAUUUCGAAUCGCAACGUUCUGGGCGGUUACCAUACAAUCAAAGAGUCGUUUGGCGAUACCAUUCAGGCCUCGCCGAUGGCCUAGAACAAGGAGUGGACUUGGUUGGAGGUUACUAUGAUGCUGGGGACAACGUCAAAUUCGGUCUGCCGAUGGCAUUCACUAUAACAAUGCUAUCAUGGUCUGUUAUUGAAUAUAGCGAGCAGAUUUCCGGUGCCGGAGAGUAUGAACACGCGCUAGAGGCAAUCAAAUGGGGAACAGAUUAUUUCAUCAAAGCUCAUACUCACCCCCAUGUCUUAUGGGCUGAGGUGGGAGAUGGUGACACCGAUCAUUACUGUUGGCAGCGGCCGGAGGACAUGACAACGUCACGGCAAGCCUACAAGGUUGACGAGAACAACCCGGGAUCAGACAUGGCAGGGGAGACCGCGGCAGCAAUGGCGGCAGCGUCCAUUGUGUUUAGGAAAACAAACACACACUACUCCCACCUACUAUUGCACCAUGCAGAACAAUUGUUUGAGUUUGGUGACAAGUACAGAGGGAAAUACGAUGAGAGUGUUAAGGUGGCGAAGGGGCACUACACGUCGGUGAGUGGCUACAUGGACGAGUUGUUAUGGGCAGGUUUAUGGCUAUACAAGGCCACCGGCGACGAAGGUUAUUUGAAUUACGUGAUAGAGAAUGCUCAUGUUUUUGGUGGAAUCACUUGGGCCAUCACCGAAUUUAGCUGGGAUGUCAAGUAUGCCGUUGAUAAUCUGAAUUUCUUCAUAUUAUCUUUGCAGCUGCUAGCCGGAAAAAGCCACAGAAAACACCAACACAUCCUUAAAGAAUACCGUUCCAGGGCAGAGUACUACCUCUGUGCUUGCCUUAACAAAAAUAACGUGACUAACGUGCAACGGACCCCAGGCGGCUUACUUUACAUUCGCCAAUGGAACAACAUGCAAUAUGUAUCAACUGCAGCAUUUCUUCUCACGACCUACUCCGACCAUCUUCAAGCCUCUAAUCAACGGCUGCAAUGCGAUCAAGGUACACUGGACCCGUCAGAUAUCUUCAAGUUUGCCAAAUCACAAGUUGAUUACAUAUUAGGUUACAAUCCACUGGGGAUGAGCUACUUAGUUGGAUAUGGUGCAAAGUACCCUGAAAGGGUUCACCACAGAGGAGCAUCUAUUGAAUCAUAUAAAGGGCAAAAGGAUUUCAUUGGAUGCAUGCAGGGAUAUGAUAUCGGGUACAGUCGACAAGGUCCGAAUCCUAAUGUUCUCACCGGAGCUUUGGUCGGUGGUCCUGACAUGAAGGAUCAGUUCAGGGAUGAAAGGGAAAACUACAUGCAAACUGAGGCCUGCACGUAUAACACUGCGACUCUUGUAGGAGUUUUUGCUAAAUUGCACUGGCUGGAAAAGGAUUAUUUGUCUGCGAAUCCAUCAUUAUUUGCUACCAUAAGAUAAUUGUAUAAUUGCUCUUUCAUUAAAUAAAAGAGAACCACAUGAAGCUUUUGGCUGUCAUCCACUACUAAAAAAUAUAGUAAUUAGCAACUAAUAAAAGAGAACCACACGAAGCUUUUGGCUGUCAUCUACUAAAAAAUAUAGUAAUUAGCAACUAACUAUUUCGUUACAAAUAACAUUAAAAUCUGUUGCGAAAACAAUUUAGUAACAGAAUCAGCAACGACAAAUAUUAGAUGCAAAUUUAUCGUUAUUGAUUUUUUAGCAACGGAUUUGUCCGUUGCUGAUUUUGCAGCAACGGAAAAUCCGUUGCUGGUUUUGUGAAUCAGCAACGG